CGCGCACGCGUGUGUAUCCAUCGCCCGUAGUCUGUAGAUCUGUGUUACUGCGCCAGGAUGGAGAUGACGCAAAUGACCCAGCUCCCCAAAAAGAGUUUCAAGACGAACAUGGCGGCAACUUAACACAGGACCCAAGAUGAUGAUGAUGAUGAUGAUGAUGAUGAACAGCAGAGAAGAUCGAAGGCAAUCCGCCCAGAUAGGGAAAGAGCAGCUCGUUCAGCGUCUCGCCUUCCCUUGAGGAGAUACGGGGACACAGGCAGGAGCUUCGGGAACAGAGGAGGCAUGUUGUCACACAGAAGCGCUUUUUCUCCGGGGAGCCAUGCGGAAUAACGGAGAUAUGACCGCGAGCGGCUUCAUCUAGCCCAGAGAGUCGGAUACAGCUGACGAGAGCGCUGUUGAACGGAGGAAAACAUUUCAAAUCAAUGCAUUUUGUGGCAGGUCGAGGAGCCGUCGCGGUGGAGUCGGCCAGUGCUGCUCUUUCCUGAAAUAUGACCAGGGGUGCUUGGACGUGUCGGCAGCAAGAUGACGGCUUAAAAAUCUGCUUCGCACCCCGAGAGGACGAAAAGCCAUUAUUCACCGAUUCGGAACGGGCCCAGAGAUGGCGACUGUCCUUAGCCUCUCUUUUGUUUAUCACCGUUUUGCUCUCUGAUCAUCUGUGGUUCUGCGCCGAGGCGAAACUGACGAGGACGCGAGACAAACGGCUGGACCACACCAACCAUAUACUUUCAUCCAGCCAUCAGACAGAGCAGAGUCUUAUUUUUAUAGGCAAUUCUACCAAACCUCUGUGGAGACUUGAAACUUGUCAUCCUGACAGCCUCUCCAAAAACUGCUUGACUUUCGCCGAGGCGGAAGCCGUGUGCUCGGGCCUCUCCGAGUGGAACCUGAGCGAUUUCUAUCUUUCUUUUUGUAAUUCCUACUCUCUUUUGGAUUUGUUUUACGGGUUUACGAGUCCGGACAAUUUGACCUGUAGCCUGGACAUGGCUGAUGCGUCGGGAUGCAGCCAGUGCGUUCAGGCUUACCAACGCUACGACCGACGAGCUCAGGAGAAAUACCGAGAGUUUGAGCUUUUGGUUCAGAAAUAUGAAACGGAUGUAUAUUCGGUGCGGACAUGUAUGGAAGAGUGCACGACUGUCUACAAACACUGGCUCUGUGCCCAGUUCUUCCAUACCACACAGAUGCACUGCAGCAACAGGAUCCCCUGCAGGAAGUACUGCCUGGAGGUUCAGCAGAGGUGCCCCUUCAUAUUGCCUGACAAUGAUGAGCUCAUCUAUGGAGGAAGCCCCAGUUUUAUAUGCACAGGGCUUCAAGAGGACAACCCCUCAGAUGCAGAGACAGAGUGCUGCGACGUCCGAUGGGACAGCAGGGCGGACAACAGCUCCAAAGGCACUCUCAAAAGAACUCACCCGUCGUGUCAGCACGGGACAUCCCUGACCUCGUCAGCGGCCUCUAGACUGUGCAACAGUAGACUCAAACUCUGCCUGCUGGUCCUCGUCCUUCUCCAUACUGUUGCCACUCUCACAGCAUCCCACAGUCCCACUGGGUUCAACCUCACCUCCAGCUCCUCCAACGAGGAAUGACGGAACAGCCACUCGCUAGCAGUGCCGAUUCCAGAGACGUGAUGGACGGACCGUUGGGAUGCUCGCUGGGAGCUCUGGGACAGAGACUGUGGACAUGCAAUCAAAACAAACCAAGCAAACGCUACUAAAGUUAAACAAUUACUGGACGAAUCCAAUCAAGCAACAAGAACAAGGGACAACACUAGCCUUUGCUAAAAAGAGGCUUCUCUGGGGGGGGGCGGAGUUUUCUCGCACUAUGUUUUUUACACUGUGUCUAUGGUUUGGAUUUCUGUUGCACUAGAUGACUACAGGAUCUAAUUCAUGUUUCUUUUCUGUUCAUUUGGGUCUUUGUGCAGGAGGGAGGAAUCGGCAGAGAUGGAUGAUGUUAGAUGUACAGUAUCCAAGUGAAUAGUCAAGACAGAGUGAGCGAACGGAUGAGUGCGUGUGCAUGUGUGCCUGUGCUUGCAUCCGUGUGUCCACUUCGAUGUUCUUCUCGUUUCUCUUCGUAAUCACAAACUCUCUGAAUGCUGCUCUAUUCGUUACGAGGGUUUACCCAUUGCCUAGACAAAUACCAAGACACCCGACAUAUAAAGCCCAGGUUUGAGCUCAGAUUCUCCCAUUAAGAUCCUGUAACCUUAUUAAGGUAGCCUGAUGUUUUUUUUGUUUUUGUUUUUUGCUGGUACGAUGUCACCUCCUGCCAGGUCAGUAGAUUUGGAAGUCUGGGUACUGUCGCUCGGUCAUUAAGUAUCAAGUGCUUGGCUGAAAAAAAGGUCUCUGUGGGAAUGUCUAACGGUAUCCAGACUUCUGUUGGCAAAAAGACAUCCACAAAUCGUUUUUACCGCCAUUAGUGUUAUCUAAUAUAUUAAGAUAUUAUAUUCUCUUCCCUAUAUCCUCUAAUUGCAUGUUAGAACCAGAGUUUAGACUAUGCUGCUAACGUUUUAAAGAAAUGAACCCAAACGAUCUGAAAACAAGGUGUUGAAAGAGGACCGUGCAAAUUGCUAUUCGGCUGCAUGAAUGCAGCCAAUCGGAGCUCACCAAACAAAAUUGACCCCAAUCACCAAGAGAGGAUCCAUUGUUCCUUAUUACAGUAAAGGGCUUUUCACAUCUUUUACACACGUUCAAACACUCCUGCAUGUAGAGAUUCACGUGGCAUGAAUAACUCAGUGAAACCGACGUUAAUUUGUUACAAACCUUAAGAUAGUCAUGUCAACGGGGAGUCUGAGAGCUCAAUCACGCGGCUCCAGAUAGAAGAACAAAGGCCCGUCUCAGGUGGCUGGGCUGAGGAAUUAGGUUCUUUGUGAGGAAGAGAGGCACAGUUAAGGGCUGAUUUAUUAUUUAUUUGAGUUUUUUUGGUUUGGUUUUGUUUUUUCUACAGGUAUGCUCUAAUGAGGAUGUGUCACUGUGACACACAAACAAAACGAAGCCUUGAGUUUAACUACGUUCUCUAGACAGCCUCAAUGUGAACCUGUUUAAAUAACAGGCCUCACACCUGUGUUUCCAUCUCAUAGGACAUGGCUAAUAAAUAGUCAGUGUUGGAUAUUCGUGUACAUGCAUAUUUCAUAGAUCAGAGCUAGCUUUAUUUAUUCAAACGAAAAAUGACAAAGUGUUUUGUAGCCAUAUUUUCAUUGUGUAAAGCAGGCCAACAUAAUAAUGCAUGUCAUAGUUAUAAAGUGGAGUGCGCACAUUUCAUGACCUGAUCUGUAGAUCGUCUGCAUUAGGAUGGGGGAAAAUUUCAUGAAUAGAAUAGUCAUGAAAUUUAGCACAUUUCUUCGCUAAUUUGUCGACUGAUUGAGAUUUGUUAAGCUUUGAACAUUUAAAUGUGCAAUGUUGCCCAAUAUUAAGCUGCUUAAUUUGGAAGUGAUCUCUAUAUAAGCAGCGCUUCAUGCAUCGCUAAGCUAUUAAUAACGAACCUUCUUUUUCGUCUUCAGAUUUCCGCUAAAGUAAUUGCACUUUUAGGCUAAUAUGUAUCCCUCUAUCCCAUGCUGAACAAUUAAACUCCAAAUAUUGACUCUGUGGCAGAUUUAACCACCUUAAUUUUAUCAAAGGAAAUUGAUCCAUUUGCCCUUUUGCUGUUUAAGCUACCAUUAGCGAUGACCUUUCAAGGUGUCAAAAGCACAAAGUGAUUUUUGUUGUUUGGCACAGACCGAUAAUGCAGUUUCAUUUAGCUGAUAAAGAAAAAGCAUUUAACCUGAACAGGCAACUACUCUGAAGCUCAGAUGUUUUUACAUUUUCAACUAAAUGCACUCUGAGCACUAAUUCUGAGUUUUUUAAUUUGAGCUUGAUGUGUUUUAACAAAUGUGUAUUGGAUAUUAAAGGUGCAGUAGGUGAUUAUC